AUGGCUUCGUCUACCGCAGUCAGCGACCGGGCCCCCCCUAAAACAAUUCCUACUCGACGGCGAAUCCCCGUGCCUCGUACACUCAUGCUAAAGCUCGAAGGAAUGGCACGGCGCUCUCCUUGCGUCCAUUCGUCGUGCUUUUACAUCUCCGUGACUUCUUCAUCUGAGGUUGUGCCUGCUCGGCAAACAGGGGCCAUCACAGCAGACGAAGAGGAGGCAAUUCACGAGAAUGUGGAACCAAGGAGCAGGGCUCCUUCUUCGAACUGCGAUGACACUUCUGGGGGAGCCGACAAGACCCUGUGCUACUGGGCGAAAAGAGCCCAGGUAGCCCUAUGGGCGAGGGCUAUGAACGAAAAGAAAGCGACUAGAAUCCUCCUAACCCAUAUGAUGUCUAUGCCGCUCCUUCGCGAGCCAACUCUGCAGAACAACUCGAAAAACAGCUUCCUGAUAUUCCGAAUUUUCAGGACAACGCCAUGGUAUCCACGGUUAAGCACAGGCUCAUGA